CCCUAACCCACCCCCAUGGCGCAAACCACCCCCGCUCACCGCAGCCCCCCCAACCCUUUGCAUCCUCCCCAAGAACGGGGAAAAACCCUCGGCCUGGCCAAACCCCAGUCCUAUUAUGGCAUCCAGCCCUGGCAAAAGCUUAGCAAAGGCAGGACAGGCGGACAGACGCACGGACAGACGCACGGACGGCGGUUACCUGCGGGCGGGCGGGCGCUGGUGGCUGUGCCCCGGCUCUCCCGGCUGCUAGCUGGCCUGGCGCAGGGCAGGAUGGAGCUGCUGGUUGCUGUGCUGCUGGCCGCCAGCCUGCUGGGCACCGCUGCCCGGGGGGCACAGGCACCGUGGCCGGAUGAACCCUCGCACACGUGCUUCUUCCAGACCCUCAGCAGCCCCGACAGCGAGUUUUGCAGGGGUGAUUUAGAAGUCACCUACCCGCAGCUGGGCAACGUGGGCUGCUCGUACAUCCCCCAGUGCCACCAGUACCGCUGGCGCAUCAGCAGGGAGUGGGGCAGCCCCCGGGUGCGCUACCCACGGGCUGACAAGAGCAAGAAGUACGUGCUGGUGCUGGUGGACCCCGACGCGCCCAGCAGAGCCGACCCCAGGAACCGCUUCUGGAGGCACUGGCUGCUCGCCGACGUCCGCGGCACGGACCUGAGGACGGGGGACCUCAAAGGGCGCGUGCUGACGGACUACGUGCGCCCCACGCCCCCGCCUCGCAGCGGGUACCACCGCUACCAGCUCCGCCUGUACGAGCAGCCAGCCGGCCAGCACAUCGCCCUGGGCCCCGAGGAGCUGCUCUCACUGGGUGCCUGGGCGAUGGAGAGCUUUGUGGAGAGGUUUCAGCUCGGCUCCCCCGUGGCCUCGACGCAGUUCCUCACCAAGCACCACGAGGAUUAGCAGGGGCGGAGGGCGGUGAGACCCUGGGAGCCCUGGGGUUGCUCCCAGCAGCUGCCCAAAUUUCCACCGGCCUGGAUUCACGAGCAGAAAGCCCAGCUCCCUCCUCCUCCAAAGCUGGGGGGGUCUCUUUCCCUCUGCUCCGCACCGGCGUGGGGUUUCUGGUGCACCCCGUGUGUGUCCCGGCUCACCCCGCUCUCAGCUCUGCUGCCUGUGGCUCAUAAAAUAAAAAAUACGGAUGGAGAGCA